AUGAACCAAUCCAAAGAGAACAAUAAAAAAUAUCAGCAUCUACAUACAUAUAUAUAUUGCAUUUCAAUAAACCCUCUUCAUUGGACAAAAAGAACAUCAUGGUCGAACUAUUUCCAAAACAAAAUGAGGAGCAAAAGAGAAAAGAAAAGAAACUCAACAGACCAGUCCAGACCCCCCACACCUAGAAUCCGUAAUCAGGAGACCCACUCCUCUCACCUCCAUACCCUCCCCCACUUCCUUCAUACGCAUAGCCCCUAUAGCCAACACGUUCACCCCGCUCGUCCCCACCAUACCAAGUCGGAUCCACACGCCCCGCAGCUCUCCCAUCGUCCGACCCAUCCUCCGAAUCCGACAACGAGUUAUUUGCGCUAACAUCCUCAAGAUACCGCUGGUCAUCAUCCGAGGAUUCCUCCAGCCUCUCUCUUAGAGCCUGUAAUGCUCGAGCCUGCACAUCGCGCUCUUCGCUCGACGACCGACCUUCGCGAGACGAUUGCGAAGAAGGUCGGACGGGGGAUUCGUAACCGGAAUGUGCGCUCCCGACGGAGUCGGUAUAGGCUAUCGAGCCAUUGCAGCCGCACUUCGUACC